UCGUCCUACGCACAUUUAACAAGUGAUCUACAUAACAUGUCCAUGCAAUACUCGCCAGCUUCAUCUCCAGCCACAUCACCAGAUCCAACCGAUCACUUUCAUCACAAUCUAACACCGCCGCCGCCCAAAACUCAAACCACACACCUUCCACCAACUACCAAUGACACCACCAGCAACUCUACAACCGCAACGAAUUCACCGCCGCCGGCACCACAAAAGUCAGAAACCACACCACGCAUGUUACGCACACCCAAGUGUGCCCGUUGUCGCAAUCAUGGCGUCAUCUCUUGUGUGAAAGGUCAUAAAAAGCUUUGUCGUUGGCGUGAAUGUUGCUGUCCGAACUGUCAAUUGGUUGUCGAUCGGCAGCGCGUAAUGGCCGCACAGGUUGCUUUGCGGCGGCAACAAUCCAUGGAGGCGCUCGAAGUGCAGGCGAAUGUGCAGAAGGUAUUAGGAAACGCUGAUGCGCAUGGUGAUGCAGAGACAUUAGCGUGUGACAGUAAGGUCGAUUCUAAGCCGAGUAGCAACACAUUUCGCACCAAGUUGGCACUGAUUGCACAGAAAAAGAUCUACAAGCAACGUUUGCGUACUUUGCAGCAGACAACGUUACACAUCACCGCAGCCAUGGAGGAAUACAAACAACGUUUUCCCACCAUCAAUUCACCGUUAUUGGAGCGUAUCCGUAAACGACGCGCCUUCGCCGAUCCCGAACUGAAUUGGGUGAAUCUUGAGGCAGCCACACUAUUGAACACCUCGCCACCACCGCCGCCGCCAUCAGUUUUGAGACAAUUUCACACAUCGCCGGCAGACUUGAGUCAAGCAGCAAUCGCUAUGCCGUCUACGAUACCACAUGGUUCCAGCGGCAUUUACAUGGGUGCGCCGGUGUUACCGUCGUUUUUUGCCACGCCUACCUUGUUACCAGCAGCUGUCGCUUCUGAUGCUCUCACCUACUGUGUUGGCUUUGAGAAUUAUCCUGCGGCUCUUGCGACGGCCACCUACUCAGCUAAUACGCAGUUGCCUAUGUUGCACACGCAUGACAUGUCACCUUCGUCGCCCACUUCCGUGUCGGUAAGACCAACAACAGUGCACCAAUGCAUUCAGAAACCAGUGGAAAGUGAGAGCGCCAAGAAUGUGCAGCUAAGUUCGUCGUUUAAAAAACCAAAACUCAACUUUUCCAUUGAGUCAAUAAUUGGUGUUAGUAUAUAA